GCAUGAUUUAUACGUGUUUUUUUUGUUUUCGAUAAUAACUUUGUUUAUUUGUAGGUGGCUCGUUUAUGAAAUAUAUAUUCUAUUUUUUUGUCAUAUGCCUUUCCCUCUGAUAUUUUGUUGUUUUACGCUUUAUUUGACACCGCAAACGACACGCUAGGUGGCAGUAUAUAUGUGCAUAACUAACGUUGUACUCAGUUGACGAAGAAGUUAAAUGGUCCGUGGGGUUGUGGUGUGCAGUGGAAAUUAAAUACAUUUCUUUUUGUAACAGAACCGAUCAAGUACAAGAGGUUAUUUUUUUCAGAAACUCGACGUUUUUCUCAGAGCAACCGCAGCCAUGUACCACAACAGCUCCCAGAAGAAAUACUGGACUUUCAAUAAAGAGGCCAACUUGGAAAAUUUAAGACUUGAGGCUAAUCAGAAGUUUCGUGCGAAAGCCCUAAGUCUCCGAAAGCCUGGAAUAAGCGAGUCCAUGUUUCUUGAUCCCCAUGAAGAGAAAGUGCUCUUUAGACACUAUGAGAAGAGAUUGCUUGACUUCUGCACAGUGUUCAAACCUGCAAUGCCCAAAUCUGUAGUGGGCACGGCUUGUAUGUAUUUCCGAAGAUUUUAUUUAAACAACUCAUUAAUGGAGUACCACCCAAGGACAAUAAUGUUGACGUGUGCGUACCUGUCCUGUAAGGUGGACGAAUUUAACGUCUCCAGCACUCAGUUUGUGGGGAAUCUUCAGGAAAAUCCAGCAGCACAGGAGAGAGCUCUGGAGCAGAUCCUGGAGUACGAGCUGCUCCUCAUCCAGCAGCUGAACUUUCACCUGGUGAUACACAACCCGUAUCGGCCACUCGAAGGCUUUCUCAUAGACCUGAAGACAAGGUAUCCACUGUUGGAGAACCCAGAGAUGUUGAGAAAAAGUGCAGAAGACUUCCUGAACAGAGCAGCAAUGACGGACGCAGGCCUUUUGUUCUCUCCGUCCCAGAUUGCCCUCACCGCCGUCCUUAACAGUGCAGCACGAGCAGGACUCAACAUGGAGACGUAUCUUACUGAAUGCAUGGGGUUAAAAGAUGAAAAGGAGACACUUUCCAAGAUGUACGAUGCAAUGAGGCGAAUCACUACUCUCCUCAAAGAAUAUGAGCUUCCCAAAUCCAACGACGUAAACGUUUGCAAACAGAAACUGGAAAGGAUCCACACCGAGUUCAACAGCAACACAAGUUUGAAAAGGAAGCAUGGCUAUGAAGAUGAUGACCACGUGGUGAAAAAGCCUCUUGUUACUGAAGAGGUAAGCGACUCCUUUGCUUCUGUCAGUCCCUUUUGAACAACUGUUUAUCUUUUCCAUCACAGAGAAUCUAAUAAAGCUUUAUCACUUUGUAGGAGUGGACAGAUGAAGACCUGGAUCUUUUGUAGCAUUAUUAGUACGUCUUCUAUUUGUGAAUACACAUUCCUUAAACGUACAGAUUCACUUCGCACCUUCUGCGAGGAGGGAAGUUGAAGCCAGUGCUUUCUGCUUUGGCCACAGACCACUACUUUAUGCUAUUUUGUAAAUACCUAGGCAAUAUUUGUCUGCUCUAGUUGUACGGCCUUAUUUACUGACAAUAAAAUAACAUUUUUG